GGGUGGAUUCUUAAGAUUUGAUUUCAAUUUGGCGCUUAUUUUGUGAUAUCUUGUAAUAGUUUUAAUAAAAGUUGUCGCCUUUUAAGUGUAGUGGGAGUAGCUUAAAAGAUGGCUCACGACCGAACGAGGUAUAUAUUAUCUAUGGCUUUAGGGAAAAAUGAAGACCUAUCUUUACAAAAGGAUACGAUUGAUGCCAAUCUUGCUACGUUGGAACCCAUUGCUAUAAAUACCGUCGAUCAGGGAAGUAACUCUUCAGACUACGUGUUGCAGGAAUUACAGCCUAUAUCCCAUUAUUUAUCAGCAGAAAAUGUUAAUCAAGAUUUUCUUAAGAUUGAGGCAUCCUGCUCUAUUUCAAAUAACAAGGUUUCGAGUUGGCUAGAAACUAUUAAUAUUGACGACGUUAUUAUUGGACCUUUUGACAACACUAAUUCAGUACAAAAGGACUCAAGUGACAUCAUACUGGCAGCAACGGAAUCUAUUAGGUCAACAACAACGGAUGCACCUUUACAAAUGUUAGGUGGCGAUCAAGCAAGUCACAAAGAGUCUGUAAAUUCAGAAGAUGAUUACCCACCGCGCAUCAUUACCCAACUCUCCCUUACCCCGUCAAGGAAUCAAGUCACAAUUCAACUGUGGAGCACGUCAAAUAAUAAAAGAUACCCACUAUAAAAUAGAAUUAUUAAAAUCCUAUACAAAAAAUAUAGAAGAAACCAACAUUACAUAUAAAACCCAUUGAAUAUUACCUAAGAACUAAUAGAUCUAAGAGUCCUUUGAAACCAUUAAAACCGUAACAGUUUCAGACAAAACAAGAGAUAAAUACAACAUCCGUCGAAGAAAAUCCAAACAAUGCAACUUCACAAAUUUCAAUCUAUAAUAAUAUAGCCGGAACGUCAAUAAAACUCAUCUUAACCCAUUAACGCCUAGCGUUACCACAUGACUACGGCAAACACGUGACUACUCAAAGUGCGUGGCAUUG